AUGGCAAACAUCCAUCUACAAUCCGCAACCACAGUCUUCCUAGACCAGCCACCAAGCUGUCUAGAAUUCUGUCCAGACUUCCCAGACCACUUUGUAGUAGGCACAUAUCUCUUAUCAGAGAAUAAAGUGGACGAGCAGGUCGAACAGACAAAAACUGGCAGUUUGCAACUCUGGAAACUAAAUCCAAACACAAAUGAAUUACUUUUGAUUCAGCGAGUGGCCCUCCCGUAUGCAGUCUUCGAUCUUCACUUUCACCCUGGAGAUAGAAGCAAGUUUGCCAUAGCAGGCAGUACAGGCUGUAUUGCCUUGUUCAACGUCUCUAGUAAUUCUACAGACUCUUCAACGGAGCCCAGCAUCAACCAGAUAUGGACAAAGCAAGUCCAUGAGGAUUCCUCCAUUCCAGCUCUGUUCCUCGCAUGGGCUCCACAGGACUGGCUUCCUGGGAAGAUAACCAAUGGAUUUGCGGUAACGUUCUCCGAUAGCCUAACAGCAGUGUUCGGAAGCGAAGGAGAAAUUACAGAAGAAAGCCAAAUCAACGAACUCGGCUCCUUCCAAGCUAGGCAGAUGAUCGAGGUGUGGUUCGUUGCAUUAGCUUCAAUGAAAGAGACUACGUCGCAAGAAAUCACACCAUUCAUGUUCACUGGAAACGACUUUGGAUCGCUGCAUACGCGUCGGUUCGGGACGAGCACGGAUGAAAAUGAUAGCAAACAUGUGCUUGGUCCAUUACUGCUUGACUACGAUGAUCGAGCCCGCCAUCAUACCGCGGGUGUGACGAGUAUCUUGCCACUGCCUGUUCCAAUGGUGGAUGAUGCCCCGAUUCUGCUGACAGGAAGUUAUGAUGAAGGGCUACGCGUUUACCAUGCCACGCGCAGGGGAGAGGUACUCGCUGAACAGGCACUUGGUGGUGGAGUCUGGCGACUGCAGUUGCUGGACACGAAGGGUUUGGAGGAAGCGAAGCAAUCAUUUUUGGUACUGGCGAGUUGUAUGCAUGCUGGAACGAGAGUUGUGCGGGUUAAUCGGACACCGGGACGGAGUCAAGAGUGGGAUAUUGAGGUUUUGGCAGAGUUCACUGAGCAUGAGAGCAUGAACUAUGCGAGCGGUGUGUGGGAGGGAUCGGGGUCGGAGACGUCGUCUGAACUACUAUGUGUAUCUAGCAGCUUUUACGAUCGUCGGGUUUGUGUAUGGAGGGCCACAGUAUAA